AUGGCGGCAGCCUCAUCCAUCCAGCCGCCGAGCGUUCACUCUUCUCUAGCCCGGGAUAGCACACUUUCCCCGGAGAUGGACAGCCCCGAGAGCCGGCAGCCUGAGGAUGAGGAGGCGGCGGCAGCGCAGUCCUCCGACUCGGGGAUUAGCCUCCGUGACCUGCCGGACCUGGAACCGGAGGAAAUCGAGAGGAGGCUGGCCAAAACUCGCAAGGAGCUGAGCAACAGGAGGAAAAUCCUCAUCAAGAACCUGCCACCCGACACCACUAACCAGGAAGUCCAUGAAAUUCUGAAAGAAUAUGAACUGAAGUACUGCUUUGUGGACCGCAACAAAGGCACAGCUUUUGUGACUUUGCUGAACGGGGACCAGGCUCAGGAUGCCAUCCGCUCCCUCCACCACAGCACUGUCCGCGGGCGUUUGAUCAACGUCACCCUGCAGCCCACCGACUCCCUGCUGUGCCUCACCAACCUGCCCCACACCUUCACCGCCCAGCAGUUUGAGGAGCUGGUGCGCUCGUAUGGAAACAUUGAGCGCUCCUUCCUGGUAUACAGUGAGCUCACGGGCCACUCCAAAGGAUAUGGGUUUGUUGAAUACAUGAAGAAGGAUUCUGCUUCACGGGCCCGCUCGGAGCUCCUGGGCCGGCCAAUGGGGGACCGCUCGUUGAUGGUGCAGUGGAUGGACGUCAACCAGUUGAGCCAGGAGGAAAACCUGCACUCCAAGUGUCUGUGUGUGGACAGACUGCCUCUGGAUCUCUGUGACUCUGAAGAGCUGACCCAGCUGUUUUCUGAAACGUAUAAACCCGUCUUUUGCCAGCUUGCUCAAGAUGAGGGCAGUCCGGUGCGAGGGUUUGGUGUGGUGGAAUAUGAGAGCGCGGAGCAGGCAGAGGCCGUGCUGAUAGAGAUGGACCGAUCCCUGGUGGGAGGACAGGAGGUCCGUCUGUCACUCUGUACCCCCGGCACCUCAGGGAGAAGCACCUUGGCUGCACUCAUUGCUGCCCAGGGUAUGAUUCUGAGUAACAGGAAAGGUUUGCUACCAGAACCAAACUUGGCUCAGCUGCUGACAAGUAUGACGAACCCCGCUGCCCUGCAGAUACUCAUGAGACCGUACCACACUGGGAAAAGGGGAGGAAAAUACGGGCGUCACACCAGCCUGCCAUUCCUCAGACCCCCCCUCACUACAGCUCUGCUCACUCUGGGAAAAGCACACCAGAAUGCUAUGUUUGGAAAUGGACUGGUCCUCCAGAACCUUUUGCACAUGCAGCUCGCACAGCAGCAGCUUCUACACAUCAAAGACAAGCGCAUCAGCAGCGUCUCCAGUCUGCUCGGGGAUCCGUCCAGGCUGCUCAUGCAAAAAGCCUUGUCUCUGCGGCCUCCAGGCCUUGUGCAGCUGGGGAAAGGUCUCCUGGGAGACUCUCCUACAGAGUUGGGACAGGAGACAGUUCCAGCAUCUACCCACAAUGCCACAGUAGUGGUUUCAGCAGCAGGUGUUAUGCCGUACCUCCAGGGUCGGACUGUAGGAGGAGACCUACCUACCCACAGCACCCAUUCCGUGUCCACAACCCCUUCUGCUUCCUCCUCUUCUUCCUCUUCUUCCUCUUCCACCUCCUGUGACAACAGGCAGCCAGCUCCCCCAGGGACGAUGGUGAGCUCCCAACCGCAAGGACAGAGCUAUUCCUUGGGUAUAAGUAACUCAGGCCUUGGCCCACCUCCACCUAAACCCCCUGGAGGAGUUUACGCGACAACAGGCCAGCACAACAGCUCAGAUGGCUGCCCCUUGGUAAACAGUGGGCAGAGUUCUUUGUUGGGCGAUCCUCCUAAAGAAGUCAGGCUGCCCUCUAAUCCUUACCUAAACCUGGCCAGUGUAAUGCCAGGAGUAGUUCUGCAAGGGUCAGUGGGGAGCAAAGCCCAGGGAGGACAGCCCGGCACUGCAGUGUACAACAGCUCGAUCGCUCCUGUGGUCUCCCAGGGCUCCGGCUCCUUCUCCCACAGCGCAGCCGCUACAACCACUGCCCCAUACAGCACCGAUACCUCUACUGACUACAGCCAAUACAACCAAGCGUACACACAGGAGGCCAUGCAGCAGUGGUACCAGCACUAUCAAGCUGCACAAGCUCACACCUACAGCACUGCUGCACCACAGGACGGCACAGCCGCAGACUACAGCAAGGAGCACGCACAGACUCCAACUGUGUCCACCUAUGGAGAUUACAGUUCCUACAUGCAGGCAGUCACUCAAUACUACUCCCAACCUGCCACAGCCAACCAGGGCUACACCACCAAGGAGGUGGAUGUGUGUAAGCCUCUAGGAGUGUCGCUGCAUGCGGUCAGUAACGGCGCGGCUCCUCCCCCGGCCGUCCUACCUGCCGCUGCCGUGCUCCCGGCUUACAGCACCCUGCCUUUAAUGCCCGGCUUCCUCGGGGCACCGCAUCCGUCAGCAGCUGCACCGAGCCCUGUCACACACGCACACACUGCUGCCACGGACUGGAACACCUAUUACUAUAACCAGACAAGGGGCCAUAAGAGGGAGUAUCCUCAGCUGGCAGUGCAGGAAGUGACAUCAUCAGAUGGUGCCUACAUCGGGCAGCACUCCCAAGGCCUGGGGGGGCAGUACGCUGACUACUUUAAGAGGAAGAGGCUCUAGUUUGAACCGAACCACCUUAAAGCCUAAAAGCUUAGGGAGGGAGGCACAAACAGCUGGAUGUCUGCUGGAUGUCACAGCUCCCUCUAGUGGCCUUUCUGUGGCUGCCAUUUUGCAAUCCUACAGUCAGUAUUGAGUUUCGAAGAAUUAGGGUUGCAAAUGGCUCAAGUGAAAUGAAGCCAUAGUGCUCUUUGAUCUUGGCACGUAUGUACACGCAUACACACACGCGCGCACACACACACACACACAUAUACACAGUGUUAUUUUUGUCCUGUUCAAGCCUUAACUCUUUAACUUAAACUGUUGUUUCACAGUCAGUGUGUUAACUGUACUUAACUAAUAUUAUCUUGUACAAUUUUUCUAAUAUAUCAUGUAAAUUGAAGUAUAUUGUAUCUGUACGUACAAGCUGCUUUUGUAUUUGCAAGCAGGCGUCCCGUCUGCCCAGCUCAACCUGUCUUAGGACUGGUCUCACAGCCAGCUCGCUCCCUCUCCGUCUCCCUUUUCAAAAGACUGAGCGUGUCUGAUGUUGCACACUCACCCUUUGAUUUGUCAGCCAGUCUGACAUCUGUUUGUUCCCGCUUCACUGUCUUUUUCUCUUUUCUUUUUAUUAGACCAGGUUCCUCUUUCAAAUCCCCCUGCUGAGAAUUAGAGUGCGUGUGUGCGUGUGUGUGUGUGUGUGUGUUCUUUGCUGUAUCUGUAGGAAGUGUCAGCCAUUUCAAUCCCAAGGUUUGGGAGCACAUCAGGAAAAAGGGCCUAAACCAAUCAAAGCCCUUAAUUUAAUUACUAAAGCUUCCCUCGAUGAAUGGAGUUUUUUUUCUUAUAAUGACUGGAAGGAUAAUAAAAGGCUGGUGUAAAUACUGCAGUGUAAUACAGAAUAUAUAAAGCCAUGUGUAACAGACAAUAUCACAUACAAUGGAUGUUUCCGAGCUC